GCGGGCGCGCGGCGGAGCGGCGCCACCUGCUGGCGGCCACUGGGAAAGACACGGCGGGGCGGGGGGGACCGUGACGUCACCCAGCUCCGCCGUGACGUCACCCAGCCCACGGCUGAGACCCGGUGUGGGGGUGCAAAGGUCCCGCCGGGAGCAGGGCCGUGCCGGGAGGGGACGCCGCCAGCAGUCCCGGAGGUCCCGCGUGAGGAUUUGUCGCGUUUCCCCCGGGAAGGAGCAGCGUCCCCCGCCAGCUCUGCGAAAUCCGCUCGCUGGGAGGGCUGGCGGAGGUGGGAACCCCCGCUCGGCUCCUCACACCUCCGGGGCCCAGCUGUGCGGGGUGACGCGCAGCCAUGUGUCCCCACGGCCGCUCUCACUCGCUCCGCAGUGCUACGGGCAGAAGGGUUCACCCACCGCCCCCGCCUGGCCCAGCAGCACCCCCGCCCCAGCCACAUCGCGUCCCCAGGGCUGGUCCGUGGGCCAGGACCACCCAAGGACGCUGCCGUCCCCCCGCACCCAGCGGUACGAGCCCGCUGUCCUGUCCCGCACCCUGUGCCAUCAGCAGGGAGGGCAGUGGGUGCUCAGCACCCUCUCCCCAGGUCCUGCUCCGGACCCCUCUCUGGGAGGGGCCGGGGGAGCGACGGGGACGAUAUCCAUCGGUACCGCAGGCCCUGGUCUGUUCUUCAAGGAGCAGGACAGGGUUGUUGUGGGAGGGUGCUGGGGCCACCCUUCCGCGGGGGUCCCAGGUGCAGGGCGCUCGGGACAGCGGUGUCCCUGCACAGCGAGCGGGUGGCCGUGUCCCCCAUGGCAGGACAGGACUGGAGGGAGCUGGUGGUGGGGACAAGCCCAGGAGGGAUGGAUGGAGAGAAGGAUGGGGAGGAGGAGGAGGGAUGGAGAGCUGGAGAGGUGGAGGGAUGAGAUGGGGAUGGACAGGGCUGGAGGCAGGAAGGGAAAAAUGGGGAGAAGGAGCAAGGGAGAAUGGGAGGAACAGGAGAGAUGAAUGGGACAGGAUGCGGGGCAAAUGGGGGGUGGAGGGGAGGGAGAGUGGAGAUAGGGACGGGGAGAGGGACGGCGCUGGGGAUGAAGGAAUGGCAAGAGGGACGGGGAGAAGAGGGGAGGGGGUGAGGGUGGCGGGGAGGGGGCUGCGGGGGCCGCCCGGGGCGGCGCUCGGGGUUGCGGUACAAAUAGGGCGGCUGCGGGCGGCCGCUCCAGCCAUGCGGGUCCCGCUGCGCUCCGCGCCCGCGCUGGCGCUCUGCGCCCUCGCCCUGCUCUGCCUGGGCUGCGCACCCACCCGCGCACCCACCCGCGCACCCACCCGCGCCCCGCCGCGCUGCCCCCCGCUGAUGCUGCAGCUGCUCCGCGCUCCGCCCGCCCCGCUUCGCGCCGCCGCCGCCGCUGCCUUCAGCCUCUCCCCGCACGGUGAGUGGGGCCGCGGCCCCGGGAACCCCUGUCCUGGCACCGGCACUGCCCCCGAGUAUCCCUUUCCCUGGGACCGGCACCCGCAGCUUUCCCGAGCAUCCCUGUCCUGGGACCGCCACUGCUCCCACACGCCCCGUCCCCGAGCACCCCUGUCCCCAGCGGCCAGGGCACGAUGCUGGGGGGCUCUCGCUGGCUCUUGGGGUGGAUCCAGCUGCUUUCUCCACACCCUCGGGCUCCCGCGGCAGGGACCGUGUCCCGGCAGUGCGCAAGGACACGGUCCUGUCUGGCACCGGCGCUCCCGGCAGAGCAGGUGCCCUCACCGUGCCCCUUGGCUUCCAGGCUUGCUGCGGAACGGCUCCCGCUGGGCGCUUUCCUUCGACAUGUCCUCCCUCUCCGGGAGCCAGGAGGUGAGUCUGGCUGAGCUCCGCAUCCUCCUGUCCGGCCUCUCCCCAGCCCACAGCGUCUCCCUGGACAUCUACCACAGCCGGCGGUGCCGGGGUGGCGGGACCUGCACCCACCAGCUCUUCCUGGGCACCGUGGCCGGCAGCCCCUCGUCCACCCAGGCCUCCUGGACAGUGUUCGAGGUCACCAGCCUGCUCCGGUCCUGGCUCCACCAAACAGCAGCCCCUGGGCACCACGGUCCCGUGGGACAGGAGCGAUGGGAGGCAAAUGAUUCGGCCACCCUGACCACCACCGCGACACACUUGCCCAUCCUGAGUGACGCUGGUCCCAGGGAGCCAGCCCUGCCCCAGGACAUGAUGGACAGAGUGCUGCUGCUCGUCUUCUCCAAGGACAAGUCUCCGGGAGACCACAGCCUCAUCCGCACAGCAGAGACCUCCAAGCACGUCAUGCGCGACAGCGGCUCCCAGGGCACGGGGACCCGGCGGCACCGCAGGAACAGGAAGGAGAAGCAAAGGAUCAAAGUGAGUGACGCCGCUGCCGUCCCCGGGGAGGAGGGCAGGACCUUGUGCAGGAGGGUGGACAUGAUGGUGGAUUUCGAGCAGACCGGCUGGGGCAGCUGGAUUGUCUAUCCCAAGAAGUACAACGCGUACCGGUGCGAAGGGCAGUGCCCAUCACCCGUGGACGAGACCUUCAAGCCCACCAACCACGCCUACAUACAGAGUCUGCUGCAGCUCUAUAAGCCCAACCAGGUGCCCUGUCCCGCCUGCUCCCCGGUCAGGAUGAGUCCCCUCUCCAUGCUCUACUAUGAGAAGGGCGAAAUCGUCGUCCGCCACCAUGAGGACAUGAUUAUCGAGGAGUGCGGCUGCAACUGAGGGCAGCUCCCAAGGGGCACAUGUCUGCCCAGAAAGUGUCCCCAAGGACUGGCCACCCAACCCAUGACCAACAUACAGACUGGGGCACCACUGAGCCCCCGUCAGCUCCAAAUCCCACUUGCCAGUGGGCCAGGGAAGCUCUGGCUGUGCCAGGGAAGAAGGAGCGGGGUGCCGGGUGCUGGCAGUUCUGCAGUGCAGUGCAUGGAUGGAUCCAGGGUGCCCAGCGGCUGCGUUUAGCCGGGAGCCGCGGCGCUGGCAAGCCGGUGUGUGCCGGGGCAGGGGGCUGGUGCUGCUCCGUGGGGGCAGAGGCAGGGGCGCAGUGCUGGAGCAUGGCAGCAUCUCUCUGUGCCACCACGUGCUGCCUAUGGUGAUGCUCUUUUUGCGGCAACAGGUAUUGCUGGCAGCUACAAGCACUGCAGCAGCGGUGCACGGCCAUGCUGAGCGUCUGCAUCACUGGGAUUUUCAAUCUCUCCCAGGGUUUUGGCAUUCCUCUUAAGAUUUCUGUUCUAUUUCUAUUAAAAUGUUACCAGAUUUAUAUCACAAUGAAGCCGAGUUAAUGUGUCGGGCCAGUGUCUAGAGCUCCCAGCCAUGUGGGCAGCAGCAGAUGGGGCCUCCAUCUCUACACCCAGGACCAUACUGGGCGUGAUGCAAAAGACAGGGCUCCCGCAUCCCUCCCCAAAGCAUCCCUGGAGCCAGAGAGGGUUUGCACGGGCAGGCGAGGUGCCCCUGGAAAUAAGGCACCCCAGGGUGGGUCUCGGUGGGUCUGAGCCCCCCAGCCCACCCUGAACAUCUUGGCUCUGUAAAACACGGGUUUGCUCAAAGCUUUUCCACUGCUCGCUGGAUGGGGCGGCAGCAAGAGGGUCGUGGUUGUAAUGCAUGAA